AUGCCCACCUCUCUCCGAGUCGAGAUAGACCUAUCGGUUGCCAUCCUCCCGAAGUUCGUCGCUGCAGCACGGGUGCACAGCUCACUGUACCAAGAGAAACCCAGCUUACGAACCUUUUACCAGAAUGUCACGGCUGACCUCGUUGCAAUCCAUGAAAUCCUCUCCGGGCUGAGAGAGCAUCAUGAUUCGGUCUUGGGGCAACUCGCCGGUGGUGGAUUGUCACUCGCGGUACAGAAGGUGCUACUGCGCCUGGAGCGGAUAGCGAGGGCCCCUAAGAGUAUAUUUAUGCAGACGAGAGGCGACAAGAGUGCAGCACAUCCUUUUCGAAAGCUCCAGACGCUCAAGGCUGCGUCCACAACCACAUCCAAUGAUCUGUCUGGCCUGCGUCGAUUGUCAAGCACCGGAAUGAAAGACAAUCGGGCCAAACUGCUGCAUAAUCUUGAUAAAUGCCUCGCGACUCUCACUGGCAUUGUCAUUCAGCAAGGCCGACUGCCCACAGAAACGUCAUGGCAGGAGGGUAAUCAGACCCCCGGAAACCCGAUGGAAGGCCCCCUAGGCAAUCCAAUGACAGACGACGACAGCCCCGAUCUGGCUCAUGAAGUCGAAGCCCUUCAUAAAGCCAUGGCCGUCCGCUGGCCUUGCUCUUGUUGGAGACGGCACGGUGCCUUGCUACGACUGACGUCUUUCUAUAUCGAGAGCGAUAUCAACGUCCACCCUGCUUUCUACAUGGACUUACUGUUCUCUCACAACAGCGUUGACUCGUGGAAACGUGCCAAAAUCAGACGCGCAGCCCAAGUCCAUUGGAACGAGACUGUGACAAACCCUCCUGAGUACGCGGAUCAGUUUACGACAGACGUACAUGCUCCUUUGGGCGGACUAGGAAGGUCUGAGCAACGAAGCAUUCAAUCUGUCCUUUCUUCUGCUUAUGAGGCAGACGAUGCCAACUGUCGGAAUAUUCCAGUCCAACCAAUUGGUACACUGUGCCGGCUCACGCUUGAAUGCAACCAAAAUGCUCAUUUGAUUUACUUGCUGGCAAGAAAGCAGCGCAAAGAGGUACAUCUACGUGGUAAGCUGAAGGGGUUGGCCAAUUAUGGCGUGGACCGACUGAUCCCGCUUUCCACGAUCCUGAACGACACAGGCAACAAUGCGUUCUUGGAUCUGAGACAAAAUGUCAAGGAGCGACUGAUGUUAGCAAAUAUCCUGGCGAAAGCCGUCUUGCACCUUUGUGCCUCGCCGUGGGUGCGGCGGCAGUGGGUUAAGGAGAGACUGUGUCUGGCUCUGUCGGAGCGGGAGCACUCCCCCACCGAUAGCGUCCUACAACUUCACCUGAAAUCAGAUCUUGACGAACAGACCGAUUGCGGGGACUAUUACGAAGUCCAGCAUCCCUGCCCUAUCCUUGUGGACCUGGGCAUCCUUCUUGUCGAACUCGAGUUAGGCAAGCCAAUCCAAGAGCUGAUAGAGCUCAUGGAGCCAGGCCAUCAAGCUGCUGCGAUGGCAUUUCACCGGAACCUUUCCAUCUCGGUUUUGAAGCGCGUGCUUAAAUCAGGUUUACUCUCGAGAACGUUUGUUCCCUAUUAUCAGGCAAUAUGGGCUUGCUAUGACUGCAAGGCUGUCGGCAGUAACAUAACCGAAAUUCGGCAAUGGAUCAAAGACAAGAUAUCCGGCCCUCUGAACCAACUUCUUUUGGCCUCUUAUCAAGUUUGCAUCACACCUGAAGGUAUACAGACCCUUCAGAGUCAGCCUAUGAGUUUUAGAGGCUCCAUCGAGAGAAAUAAAUCUCCGGCUGAAAGCACUGCUCACAUUGCGGAUGACAAUUACAUAUCCAUUCUGUGCCAACGUGGUCGAUUUCUGGACUGUGAACGCAGCUUAUUGCCGGAUGACGCAUCCAAAUGGGCUGGCGCUGAUGACUGGUUUGAAAACCUCCAGCGUAAGACGCUCUCCCACUUCAAACGACUGGGCGUGACCGGACGAAACGACCAGCCGAUCAAGAUUGCCAUCCUGGACACUGGCAUCGAUGCCAGACUCCAUCCUCGGACACGAGCCAUCAUGGCCACAAAUCCCCAGCUCAGCGGUUCAUCGGGCCGCAUCAAAGGAUUGCGCUCGUGGGCGGACGACAAGGUAGAAGGAGAAGACGUGGAGUCCAUGAAAGAUGAGCACGGGCACGGAACACACGCAGCCGGGUUGAUAUUGAAAGUGACUCCCUUUGCGCACCUGUACGUGGCACAAGUCACGAACGGACUGUUUUUCGAGCCGGAUCCGGUUGCUGUCGGCCAGGCGAUCAAAUACGCGGCCGAGGAUUGGAGGGUCGACAUCAUCAGCAUGUCCUUCGGGUUCGACGACCGGAUCGGCGACAUUGCAGAGGCGAUCGACACGGCCAAUGCCAGAGGGGUGAUCAUGCUGGCGGCGGCGUCCAACGGCGGCAAAAUCAAGAGCGAAGGGGACAGCUACCCGGCGGCCAGCGUCGAAGUCAUCUCCGUUCGGUCGGCGAACGGAGACGGAAGGUCGUCGGAUUUCAAUCCAGACAAGCCGGACGACAAGGUCUAUUCGGCCUACUUCAACGUGGUGGGUGAGUAUGUCCUCUCCGCCUGGCCCGAGCACCUGGAGCCCAGCGGCGAGAGACGGGCCAGUGGGACUUCGGUGUCCACGCCGAUUGCGGCGGGCGUCGUCGCCCUGUUUCUGGAGUAUAUCUGGGCCAGGCUGCCGGGAAGCCUGGGUGAAGCUGACAAGAUGGCGGCGUACGAGCGCAUCCGGCGCAGUCCAAACGCUACCGGGAUGCGCAUGGCGUUGAGAUUCAUGGCGUCGAAAAAGGACAAGUCCCAGGGCCUCUGCUUCAUCAAGCCGUGGUUACUGAUGUCCGAACAGGCGAACACAAGAUGGAGGCAGUUCCAAGAACAGUUCAAGAUACCAAGGGAAGAUACAUAA